AUGGCCCUGGAAACGCCUGUAGCUGAUGCCACGUCUCGUAAAUUGUUGACCGAUCGCACGUAUUUCAGUCAAGUAGCGCAACUUUCUCGUCAAGUGAAUGAUGAGAUCUUGGCUUGUGCAGCAGUGAGUGAUCCAUUACAUCCUGGAUUGAUAGUGGAAGGCUAUGAAUUAGUCGAGCGUUCAGGAUUGCUGGGGGUUUGCAAACAGGAACACAUGCAGCAAACGUUAUGGCCCAUGCAAACAAGAGACAAGAUGGAGAUUGUUCCGUGGAGUACGACAGCAAUAGAUGGACAUUCAAUGUGUCCAUUGCCUGAAGCAGCUUCAUUUUUUCCUGUGUCGCCACUACCCCCACCUCAAUCAACCAAGUCUGCGAUCGAUCUUGAAGGCCAAGAUACUACUAGUCUCGAAGGACCUGUCCUCGAGUAUCAAUACUUGAUGGAGGAAGCCGAACGGAUCUACUUGAACGCUCGUUAUCGUCUUAAGAAGAAAUUUGAUGCUGGGUCUCAUGGUGAAGUGUGGAAAGCUACACGACGCCAUGCAAAUGGAGUAGAGGAACAUUUUGUACUCAAGAGACUGUUCCUUGAGUUAGGAGAGAGUAUGGUGCAAAUGGGGCUCCGGGAAGCCCAUUUUGGAGCGCUGUUGACUAGUGAGCGCCAUGUUACUCGGUUCGUAGAGUAUUUCUUCCGGUCAGCAAAAGUCAUGGAGCUUGAGGAAGAACAACCACAUCCUCAAAUGACACCGGAGCUCUGGUUGGUCUUUUACGACGAAGGCAAGUCACUGCGGCUGUAUUUGUACGAGAAGAUGGAGGUUGGAAAUGGACAUGAUGGUAGUGCUGGGGUCGUCUUGCAACCGUCACGGUUCUGGGAGAAGCUUCGCACUGACGCCCGAGGCGAAAAUGUGCUGAGAGAAAUCAUGCGUCAACUGCUCGAAGGUGUAGCAGCCUUGCAUGCGCGUGGCAUCACGCAUCGUGACAUCAAACCGUCAAAUAUCUUGGUGUCAAUUCCACCCGUUUCGUCAACUUCUGCAGCACCACCGAUGCCGCUCGUGAAACUAGCAGACUUUGGCUCGGCUGUUGAUGACUACACGCUACAGAAUUUGUACGCUACAGAUGGUGGAAAUGAAGCCUCCACGGCGUCUGCGGGGCCAUCUCAAGCUGAAGAAACACGUGAGUAUCAGCCUCCUGAGGUGCUGUUUAGCGACAACGGGCAGCCGUACGAUUACACAGCUCCCGAGGCAUACGACCUCUGGUCUAUUGGUGUUGUCUUCUUAGAGAUGGUGUUAGGCUCUCCGCAAGUGUUUCUGAUUUCACCUCGUGAAAGGGCCAAGCUGGAUGUGACGCUCGAUGCUCAACGUCGUAAGUACCGACACAGACAUGGCAGCGAGGAGGAUCCUGAAUCUGGAUGGCGUACGAAAGCCUACUUGCUUCAUGUCCUCACCCAGGAAUUCUGUAUCUUCCAGCCAGCACCACGGCAGCUACGCUCGUUGUGGGACAAAUACGCGCUUGUGAGUGAGAGCUGCCAUUUCGGACGGUUCAACCAGACUGUCGUGAAGCGUGAUCCACUGAAGCGCGGACUGGAGGACCCAUGGGGACUAGACUUGAUGUGGAGACUACUACAAUGGAAUCCGUCCGACCGACUUUCAGCUAAAGAGGCUCUGCAACACGCGUAUUUUCAAGGAGCUUACGUCUGCAAGGAGUCUGCUCGCCGAUUCGCAACGCACGGGGAGCUAGUGCUACACGAACGUUAUCUCGAAGCACAACGCGCACGAGAAAGUGUUUUCGCGUCCAUGGUUCGUGCAAAGUAUGAGCUUCCAGACCAGUUCACUUGUCCACAUUGUGGCCGCACGUUUUCCACCGCUCAGAGCUGCAAACAGCACGCCCAUGCACGUCGACACAAUACCGACUCGAGCUUCUGUGCUUUCGAGGCCCCCCAUAUUUCCACCGCAAUUCGGACCGAGUCGCAGCCUAUGUAUGUUCAUCCGCUACUAGAGCAAUCAGCAGUGGGCAUUGCACUGUUUCAAGGUCGGAAGAAGUACAUGGAGGAUUUUGUCUUGGCACUCUCGGAGCAACAACUGCAACAAAGGUGGGGUACCCAAGAUAGCACGAACACAUUGGGGUUCGAUCUCUAUGCAGUGGUGGAUGGUCAUCUAGGUUCCACAGCAGCCCAAUUUGUUGUGGAUAAUCUGCCUCGUGUAUUGUGUCAUCACUUCGCUGCCAUCUCGACGACAAAUGAGGAUCUAACUCAAGCGGACUCGAACGUACCUGACCAAGCAGCAAGCCUGUCUGCUGAACAUGAGCUUGCUGAAAAGUUUGCGCUGCGUCAGACAUUUCUUGAACUGCAUGAAAGCUUUCUCGAGUCUCUUGAUAAGAACCCAAGCGAUGACGAUCUGGAAAGGCUGAUGAGCUCUGGUAAAUUCGCCAACGGGUCUGCAAUAGUUGGCGAAUAUUUCUCUGGGUGCACACUCACAGUUGUGCUGCAUUCCCGUCGGCAGCACCGGGUCGUUAGUGCAAAUGUAGGCGACUCACGUGCACUAGCGUGGCUGCCAGAUACCUCUGCGAAACAAAAUGAACAGCUUGAUGAUAGUGCUAGGAUCGUUCCGCUGAGUAAGGAUCACUGGCCAAAUGAUCCUGGCGAGCGCUCCCGAAUUGAGUCUAGCGGGGGCUUUGUGAAAUUUUCCGGUCUCUGGCGAGUGGUUGGGCAGCUUGCAGUCUCUCGUAGUCUGGGUGAUCGCCAUAUGCGCAAGUUCGUGACAGCUGAACCAUCCGUCUUCCAUACACAACUUGGUGAGCGAUCGUAUGGCGGGUUUCUUGUGAUUGCCAGCGAUGGACUGUGGGAAACCAUGACCAAUGGCGACGUCGUGCGCUUCCUCGUGGAACACACCGAGACGCACGAGAUUGAAGGAGAACCAUGCAAAAACAAUUGUGCGUCAAUGAAUGAUCUUGCAACCGAGCUGCUCACGGAGGGCUACGUCCGUGGAAGUCUUGAUAACAUGGCUGUUGUACUCGUGGCAUUGCCGUAG